AUGUUUUUGGUGGGGGUGAAUGCUGCACUGGGGUUAAACAUCUUUCCCGGUCCUGGGGGGGUUGCACUUGGAAUUGGAGGGAAGGAGGUGGAUGGGGAUCUUUUGGAGAGUGAGGUUGUGCCGGUGUCGGAGGGUGAGAUUGAUGACGUCGUGACUUCCGAUCACGAAAUCAGUGUCAACACCGAGAUUGAUGGAGAGGGUGAAGUGAGAGACAGCGACGACUCAGCAAACACCCUCGUCUCCCCCAACCUCAACCCCGCGCCCUCCUCAGACCCCGACACAAGACCACCCACAUCGAGCUCAACCACCUCCUCCUCGCGCCGGAUCAAACUCCAUCCAGAUGAUUCCUGGCUCAGCACUGAGGGUAAGGAGAAGAGGAGGGAGGAGUGGGUUAGUCCGCGGAAGUUGAGGAAGAUGAAGAAGAUGGAGGGGAAGGGAGGGGUUGGAGUUGAGGUUGAGAAUCCGUUUGAGGUUUUGAGGGGUGGGGAUGGGACGCCGAGGAGAGAGGUCGAUCAUGAGCGAGACGAAUUGGGAGAAGCUUCGUUGGAGGAGGACGAGACUGGUAGUGCCUCGGAUCCGGAGACUGAACAGGAAUACGAAGGUAAGAAGCGCGCCGUGAUCGAGGAAGCGAUCCAGACGAAAGACGAUGGUCAAGAGGAGGGGGAGGCAACGGAGUCACCUUCUGAAUCCGUGCCACUGCAGAUUGAAGAUGAUGAUGAACGGCUCGCGACCCAAACGUCACAAGAGGCAGGGUUGCAUACGCUACUUCCACCCACCCUUCUUGCGGACGCACCACAAGCCGUCGCGGACGUCUCAGCAGGUCCACUUAUCGUCUGCGAAACUACAUCGGAUGAUCCCACAACUAUCGUAUGCCAUCCAGUCUCCACACCGGCAGUUCCCGAGGAAGAUCAAGUAUCACAUCAAGAACAAGAAUCAGACUCAAGACCCACCACAACCAAUGAAUCAGUUCUCGCUCCCUUCCCCGAGCCCGAAGAUUUACCGAAAAGGUCCAUCAAGCCCGUCCUGGCGCAAAAGAAAAGCUUGGAUAGCGGGUACGCAAGAAGUGACGACAAAGUGAGCGAUUGGGGCCUCGAUGAACCGCAACAGCCGCUGAAACCGGUUAUGAGCGAUGUUGAGGUGAUGGGUACGACGAAGAUAAGUCGGGCAGAGAGUGCGCUCAGUCAGCUUGAGGAUUGGGGCAUGGAUGAGGUGGCGGCAAAUGGAAGGGAGAGUUCUGCGUCGCCACAGGAGUCGAGGAGGAGGACGAAGGGUAUGAUGAGAGCCGAGUCUGUUGUGUCGAGUACUUCCGCCUGGGGAUUCGAUGAAGAGGAUGUCGUUCCGAUGAACCCCAAAACUCCAUUACGAAGACAACGAAUGACGCGUGCCGAAUCCGCGACAUCUAAACUGAGCGACUGGGGUCUCGACGACAAUGGUGACGCGCCCUCUCCCCUCCCAUCGUCCGAUCGCAUGCGACCUAUGCGCUCCUCCUCUUCCUACAACCCUCGGCAGAUCCACCGCCGCGACUCCAUCUCCUCCCUAAACUCCCGCCAAUCCCGGCGCUCUCACACCCAACACAUGCACACCCACUUCACCCCCUUCAUGCGUGAACUCGACACACAAUCCCGCAGAAGUUGGGUCGAUGAAAGUGCGAGGAGUGUACGGGAGGGGAGUGUCAUUGAGGAAGGGAUUAGCGUGAGUGAUUGGGGGUUGGAGGUCGAUAUUGAGGAUGGGCAGGGGGAGAGGAAGGGUGGAGGGGAUGCGUGGUUGGGGUUGGAUGUUGGGGAGGUGGUGGAGGCGGAGGUGAAGAGGGAUAGGAAAGGGAUGAUUAGAACUGCGGCAUUUGCUGUGGGCUUGGCGUUGAAGACUAGGAUGAACAAGGCGAGGAGCGAGACGGAGGGUACGGUCGUAUAG